CCUGCUGCAAAAAUCUUUGCUCUCGUGGUACCCUCAACGCUCAACUGUAUCGAAGUCGCCCAGUCCUGCCAUAGGAGACUUUCAACAGUACAGUCUGUGGGAGAUGAAGCUAGCCCAGGCCUACCAGACGACACAAGGGCUUGUUCAGGACUGUACUUCCAAAUCACGGUCGACGUCUGAGUCGACGUUUUGCAACGACCUGACGACGUUUGCUGGUGCUUGUAGCGGAAGGCGUUUUUAGGCGAAACACCGGUGAUUUUCCUAGAACAUCGGCGGGCGAGACUUAAAGAAGUGUACGAGAGAUUUUUGGACUUUCAUUCAUACAUGACUGAGUCUGUACCCCGCAUACUGAGUGUACAGCACUUAUACCAGCUGGUUCUCAGGGCGUGUUGUUUGGGGCGUUGACAACUACAAAGGAGUCUGGGUUUGUGAGAAAGGGACAAAUCGCCUGUAGUGGACCUUAUCGCAAAAGGACAACAAUGAGAACGGAGAUGAUACUCAUAAGAACCACAUUGUCGCUGCUGGUGACUCUGGUUGUGUUGAACGUAUCGUGUGUGGGGUCUACCAAGGCGCAGCGUAAGUCCACCAACGGGUACCAGGGAGGGACCAGUAACUGGUGCGCCUACACAGUGUCCAAGCAGGUGUCCUGUAAGGUUAAGAAUGGCUCGGCGGUCUACAAACAAGCCUACUACAUGCCGGGGUGCUCCGUCUGGAAACCUGGCAACUGUUACAGGUACCGGCGGACAGUGCGUCCCACCUACCGAGUGGCGUACAAGACCGUCACGGCCAUGGAGUGGAGGUGCUGCCCCGGCUUCCAGGGAGCAACCUGUCAGGACACUUGCUUCAACUGCACUCGUCUGACAGCUCUAGAGAAGCGGAUGAGUGCUCUGGAGAACACAGGUCUACCGGUUAGUAGUGACACGAAAGAUUUGCCAGUCGGCCCACCCCCUGUCACAAAUGGCAAGAAAGCCGACUCGGAGGUGUUAUCGACAGGACCUACAGGGCCCGUGGGUCCCCGCGGCCCUCCGGGUCACCCCGGGAUCCCCGGGCGAGCGGGUCCCGAGGGCCCACGGGGAAGGCCCGGGGCACAAGGACCUACCGGGCCGCAAGGGCCUCCGGGACAACCUGGCUUACGGGGAGAAAUAGGCUUACCUGGGGAACAGGGUGAACCAGGCAUGCCUGGGGCGCCAGGGUUCAGCAUGGAGGGUUUGCCAGAAGGUAUGCCUGACAUGUCGGCACUACUCCGCAAGGUGGAUCUCCUAGCGAACAGAGUAUCCCUAUUGGAGGAACUGAUGGCAGUGACGUCAGAAGCCGGUGGUUUUCUGCCCGGAGGAGGACCAUCCUUACGCCCAGGACCAGGUACCUCACCUAAACCUGACGUCUCGUCCCCCGAAUCGUCCCCAGGACCCGAUCUCGUGCCCAGACCCGAUCCUGACACGUCACCAACUCCUGCUGAGUUACCAGAACCUGACGUCAUCAGUCCUGACGGCAGACCUGUCUCUACCAUAUACCCAGGGUACCCAGGGCCUGACUAUGAAGGGUCAGCCGACCACAAUCUACCAUUCCUGUUCGAGAGCGAGACCGUAUGACGUACCACUGUGUGAACGUUACAUAACGGUUUUAACAGUUACGUCCCUGCGUAACACAGUUACAUCUUUAUUGUACACAAAACACUUUUAGAGUAGCGUCAUGACAUUUCUAGAUACCACAAUAGUAAAAUGUGUAUCACUUGUCAAAGAUAUAGAUACAAGAACACUAUAUCUAAGACGAUGAGGCGUGUCAGGUAGAUAGAAUUCUGUCCAAACGUACAACGUUAAUGUGUUUUUUUUUUAAAUCAUAAGAAGGACGUAGUGCAUUUAAACCUUCCUUAGAGCACUUGACGCAUUCUAUGUAUCAAAGUUGAUGAGAUGUGUUAUCUUAGAUAUCAGUACAAAGUCCAAAGCAUUCCUCACACUUCUUGUCUUUCAACUGAGCAUUUUGAAAUAUCAACAAGACUAAGAUAUCAUCUAGGGCUACAAUUAAGUGAAGUUGUCAUUAUCUUAUUGGAUAUUAAACUUUUAUUUGCAAAUAUAUAUAUGCUACUAUUGUAGUCUUGAUCGCGAGUACAUGCAGUGUGGGUUUAUGUUACAAUGUUCAGUUUAUAAUGUCACAUACUUUAGCAGAUUGUAUGUCCAGUUUCCAACGACAAAAUAAACAGCAGGCACUCUUGAA